AUGGCAGCUGGAAUAUGGCCUCCACAUGUACCUCAUAUUCCUGUUCCUAAUGAACCUGUUCAACCCAGACCUCCUGCACCUCCUGUGCUUCCUGUGCCUCCUAUGCCUCCUGUAUAUGGCCCUAUUCAUUAUGAGGGUGCAAUUGAUCCUCACAACUUCAAUAAUCCCCUCCACUACUUUGCAUCUAAUCCUGCACUACCUUUACAUGCACCACCUGAGCCUGAUUAUUAUCAAUUUAAUAUUCAGUUUCAGCAUCAUUUCCAGGAAGAGCAGAUGGAAAAUGAGCAAAUCAGAAAUGAUUUGCUUCAUAGACAAGCACAGGAGGCAUUUCGCCAAGAGCAGCUCCAACAGCAAUUGCAGCAGCAAGAAGCUAGGAGGAUCAACAGAGAGGUUGAGGAAGCUCUUCACCUACAGCAACAGCAAGCUGAGCAAUGGCAGAUGCAACAGCAGAUGCAGCAACAGUUCUGGCAGCAGGAAGCUCAGCAAGUCAAUAGACAGGCCCAGCAUGCUCUUGAACUGGAGCAGCAUGAGGCUGAGCAAAUGAAUAGACAACAUCAGGGUGUCUUGCAAGUAGGUCAACAUGAGGAGCAGCGCCACAACCGCCAGGAGCAGAGGGUUCAUGAGCAGGAGGAGCAUCUUGAAGAGGCACUGCAUGAAUAUAAUGAUCCAGUGUCUCAAGAAAAUUGUGAACAAGACGAGGAAAGAAGAAGAACUCAGGAACAUGAACACUGCCUACAGCAUGGGGAAGAGGAACAGCAUAUUAACCAGGCAGUUCCUGUCCCUGAUGGAGGUCGACCAUACACAGAGCCUAUCACUCAUCAUACUCUUGGUCCUCUUAAUAUAGAAUGCACAAACUGCCAUGCAAUGCACUUUGCAUGUGAAAAGCUCUCCAACUCCUCUCAACGAAACCCACGCUUUGGAAUGUGCUGCUUGCAGGGCCAAGUCAACUUUCCACCCUUUCCAGCAUGGCCACCUGAGCUGCGGCAGGCAUAUACAGACCGAACUUUCAUCUCAAAAAUACACCAAUAUAAUAGUGCUCUUGCAUUUAUAUCAGUUGGUGUUAAUAUUGAGGAUCAUGCUCUUCAAGGAUCUGGCCCAAAUGCUUUUCAUAUCCAUAGAUCUCUCCAUCACCUCAUGGGCAGUCUUAUACCCCCAGAAGGCCUUCAGCCUUCAUAUGCGCAACUCUACAUCUAUGACCCUGAGGAAGCCACAAACAUCUGUGCCACCUGUCCUGGAAAUGAAGGUCUUGAUCGUCACAUCCUCAGAGAGCUCCAUGAUAUGCUGUAUUGA